CCUGUAGCAGGGGGUGUCGUUUGCCACCCUUGGUUACAGUCACCUUCGCGUUUUGCGCAUCGCAGUCGCCUCGCUGUCGCCGACGAAAUACGCAUUUCGUGCCGCGGUUUUUCGCAUUCCUCGCGAACGACGAGCGCGCACUCGCAACUCGCGUGAAUUCUCGUCGCGCACGCCAAGACGAAAACGGUGAAGCGCGUCGCAAGAGUCGUCCCAUGUUUCGUUUUCGCGGCAGCAGGCAGCAAAAGUUAUUGAUCGCGAGCCGCGACCGUCCAGCCAUUCACCGACAUUUGGAGCACCCUGCGAGGAGGAGGGUUUGAGAAAGUAGAGAGAAUCGACUCACGUUAGUCCGUUAAGAGCCAACAUGAAGAUCGUACUGUUGAACAACUUCUUGCACUACUUGAGCCUGAAGCAGGGCACGGUGGUGAUCGCGAUAUUGCAAUUGUUCAUAACCGGAUUCAUCCUAAUAUUCUUCGUCUUGGCGACGGCGCACGUGAUAGGGAUCCAAGCGAUGGUGGUGAGGGACACCGAAGAUGCCCUCGAGAGGGAGGCUUUGGAGGAGAUCUCGUCGAACCAUCUCAACACCAAAAGAAUGGAUCUCGCGCACCACAACGCAACCGAAAUGAUAUAUACGACAUAUGGCGCCUUCGCCGUGGCGAUAAUGCAUUUCAUCAGCACGAUCAUGCUCCUAUACGGAACCCUGGCGAAUAAUCGUCAUUGUAUGAUACCCUGGAUGGUGUCCAUGAUAAUUGCCAUAUCGUCUCUAGCGAUCUCGCUAUUCAUGGUGGGCGACAAUUGCCCCCUCGUCAUUAUUUUUGGGGGAAGAGCGAGUUAUUUCGAGCGUACAGCCGCCUUCUUCGCGUUGCUCAUGGAUUUCUAUAUCUGGUUCGUGGUGUACAGCACUUAUAAGAAGCUGGAGACGAAGAAAGGGCUCCUGCACGAGGUGCACUGCGUGAAGAAGAAGUGCGCUAUGCCCGCGUUUGAGGUGCCGAAGAUGAUCCCGAUCUCGGCGAAGAAGCCCUUCGAAGUUUAGAGAUGUUGUCAUAGCAAAGGUAGCAACGAAGAAUUCGCUCCUUACGAUGGGAAUUAAGAUCGGUGGCCACGUGAAAGCGCAAAAUUCCGUGGAAAGGUUGCGCGCUUGCAGGCGGGUCCAAUCAUGGUCGGGACGAUAAUUUCGAGGCGAUUGCGAAGCUAUAUAUUUUGCACUCUAUGUGGUUGUAUUAACUCAAAAAAGCAACACAACACACGAGAAAUCAGUCGCGAGUAAUCGGAACGAAAAGAGAUACUUCGCUGUACAAAACUCAACAAGAGACACUCUGCUAGAACAAGGUGCUAACGUUUCGACGUUUUUCUUCUCGCUCACGCGUCUUAUCGUUAAAAAGCUGCGCGCUGUUUUACGUUUUUUGCGCUGACACACGACGAUUCACGAUAUGAUCUCAUUUUAAUACGACGCACAUAGAGUCUUAGUGCUAUGCUUAGAUCUCAGUUGACGAACUGCAUAUUGUAUAUUAUUGUACAACAUCUGUUGUACACACACACACGUCGGGGGCACUCCGACGCUGAGGAAAUUAUCACGACUCCGGAGUUAUACUGCAAUUCUAAACAAAAUCGUAAAAAUCGUAACUUGUUUUCAUAAGACUCGUAAGAACUUAUGAGUAGAUCUGCAAUUCUUUGCGGAUAUGUCAUAUGAUAACUCGUAAAUAUCUAUGAUUUUUUUUUGUUUUUUUCGUAAGUUACGACUUUACGAUUUACUCGUAUAUUUGCUUAGAAUUGCAGCAUUAGUUUCAUAUCGCUGUGCGAGUAGUAUGCACUUCUUCUCGCGCGCAAGACUGACUUUCAUCGAAGAUACAACGCGGAAUAAAAAGAGCCCGGGAGAUUCGCGUUACGGCCGUUAAUCAAUUGAUCGAUCAAUCAAUCAAUCAGUCAGUCGCGAUCCAUAGCCGUAGCGCUUCCAUGAAUCGUGUAGAUAAAUUAUCGGAGAAACGACGGGAGCUUGAUUUUACAAGAAAGAAUCGGUUAUUACGGGUGUGACAUAAUAAAUAAUUUUAUUUCGUAUCUCAACCCAACUCGUUUGUGAAAUUAUAACCUUGUUAUUUGCGGCAAUAUCCCGAUACGAAGUGUAGUCAUCUCAUGUGUAUAUGUAUAUUAAAUGUACGAAAGAAACGUAAAAAUAAAAAAAAUUACAAUACUCCAAUAAGUAUAUAUUUAUGUAUAUUAUAUGUAUAUGUAUGUGUAUGUUGUGUAUCUGUGUCUGUGUGUAUAUACGUCUACGCGACGCAUAUUACCGAUUCAGUUUGUAAAACGAACGGACGUUUGAACGAGAGCGAGCGUUCGUCGAACAGCUAAGAAACACAAUAUACUCUCUGUAACGACAAUCAACUACCUAAAGUCGUCAUAUAUGCUCGGAAGAAAAACAUUAUAGUUCGUGUGAUUGAAUGGAGACCAGACGGAAAACUCGCUGACAAGAAAUAAUAAUUUAUUACUGCGACUGAAAACAUUCAGCUAAACAUUCAAAAGCUGCGUUUUAUAUAUAUAUAUAUAUAUAUAUAUAUAUAUAUAUAUAUAUAUAUAUAUAUAUACAUACA